AUGCAUCAUAACACACAAACAAAAUUUCAAAGUUACUUGUGCUUCCACUUGUUUUCUUCCAUGGCUGGUCCAGUUUCGGGUGAUACAGAAGCGCAGUGCGCUCGAGAUCCGAGCAGCAAGCCCGGUGGCUGGAUAACUUUUCCAUUCAUGAUGGCUACAUUGUUAGGUAUGUCCAUAACAUCUUUCGGAUGGGUACUGAACUUGAUUGUGUUCUUGAUCGAGGAAUUCAACAUCAAGAGCAUCGCUGCUGCUAAGAUUUCGAACAUUGUCAAUGGAUGCCUCAGCAUGUUGCCUCUUGUAGCAGCCAUUUUAGCUGAUUCUUUCUUUGGAAACAUUCUUGUCAUCUCCGCCUCUACUUUCAUCUCGCUUACUGGGAUUCUUCUGCUGACUCUGAUCGCAUCUUUGGACUUGUUGAAACCUAUACCGUGUGCAACCGGAUCAAUCCUAUGCCAGUCUCCAUCGGCACUCCAGCUUGGGAUCUUGUAUACAGCCUUAGUUCUAGUAACCACUGGAGCAGGUGGGACACGGUUCACCCUGGCAUCUGCAGGUGCAAACCAAUACGACAAACCUAAGGAUCAAGGAAGCUUCUUCAACUGGUACUUCCUCACACUAUACGCUGGGGCCAUUACCGGAGCGACAGCGAUUGUCUACACACAGGACAAUGCUAGCUGGAAACUCGGGUUUGGCCUCUGCGCUGCUGCAAAUUUCGUAAGUUUCGUUGUUUUCGUCAGCGGGAAAAGGCUCUACAAGCAUGAGAAACCCAUGGGAAGCCCUUUCAAAAGCCUCAUCAGCGUUGUAGUCGCCGCUACAGUGAAAAGAAAGGCUGUGAUUUCAUCACAAGACGAAGACUAUCACCAGGGACUCGCCAAGACUUCUCCUGCAAUAAUACCCUCCAAGAGCUAUGGGUUCUUGAACCGUGCAGCCUUGAAAACCGAAGACGGCGGCGGCUCAGUUAACAACAUCUGGAGGGUGUGCUCUGUUCAGGAAGUAGAAGAUUUCAAAGCCAUUCUCCGACUUCUUCCUCUGUGGGUAGCCAUAAUCUUUGUUAGUACUCCAAUGGUGAUGCAAACAAGCUUGAUGGUACUCCAAGCUCUAGUCACGGACCGUGCGCUUGGUCCACACUUCAAAGUCCCGGCCGGGUCCCUCCAAGUCAUUAUAAUGACCUCCGCAUCCACCUUUAUAAUAAUCAACAACUGGCUUGUCUACCCCAUGUAUCAGAAGCUAACCGGUAAGCGGCUAACUCCGCUUCAAAAGGUCGGGAUAGGCCAGGUUCUCACCAUCCUUAGCAUGGCAGUCUCAGCGGUUGUGGAAGCAAAGAGGCUGAAAACAGUUGAAAACGGGCAUCCCAUGUCAGUGCUAUGGCUGUUUCCUCCUCUCGUUAUAGUGGGGAUAGGCGAGGCCUUCCAGUUUCCAGGAAACAUUGAAUUGUUCUAUGGAGAAUUCCCGGAGUCUCUGAGGAACACCGCGACUUCACUGACCUCGCUGGUGAUUGGAAUCUCUUUCUAUCUGAGCACAGCUCUGAUCAGUCUCCUCCAGAGGACUACCAAAUGGUUACCAAAUGACAUUAACAACGGAAGAGUUGACAAUGUUUACUGGGUUUUAGUCGUUGCAGGAGUCUUGAAUUUCGGAUAUUUUCUCGUCUGCUCUUGGUUCUACACAUACCGAAAUCUCCAAGGUGAUAAUGAACAAGAUCCUAAAGAUGUUUCAACCUAAGACAGACAACAAGUUGGCUUCAGUUUUCUCUAAUUUGUAGCAUGCUCUUGUUAACUUGUAUAUCUGUGUUUGCAAUUUUUACCAUGCCAAGUGUGUUUUUGUUUAAUGAAACUGAUAUAUUAACUUUGUUGCAUGCUCCUCUUUUUUCUCAUGUUUAGUAUCUAUGAAUGUAACAGGGUAAUUGACUGAUGUUUUUGUAUACAUUACAAGAACUCUCUCUCCUCUCUCCCUCUUCCCUCGAACAAAGCCAGAUCUGAGAUUAGCUCCGGCAACCUGACGGCGCGCGUACCGGCGUCGGAAGCACCCUCCUUCUCCCAUGUAACUCGUUUUUUGGUUUGCUUCACUAUCGUGUCAUCUCUUUCCUCGUCUUGUUCGGUGCUCUGCUCCUGGAGGAUCGCCAGUUUCGUCUUCGGUCGACAGGAGUUCCGGUUCUGGUGUUGUUCGACUGGGUGGUGGAGUUUCGACGCGGGGGCGGUUAUGGUCUCUGUCGGUGAAGUCGGAUUUUAGGGUUUGGCAAGGGGUUCCUUAAGCUCCUUGCAGGGACGGUGGCGCGUGGAGGAGUCUGGUCAGUUCAUCCGCCUGGGUUCUGAGUUGCAGGUUCAGAUCUGCCUCGUCUCAUCCGGUGGGUGAGGGGCGUGUGGUUGAGGAAACAACACUUUCUCCUUGGAGUCUUGGAAAGGUGUGUUCUUUUUUCUCUCGUCUUGGGUGCCUUGGAGGCUCAGUUUAACUCAAGGGCGUGCUUAGUCCGAGUCGCUGGCGUGUGUUGGGGCUUGCGAUGGUGGCGCGUGAAAUGUUGCUGCAGUACGGUAUAGGGAUGUCGUCUAUGGCUUGUCUGAGGUGAUGUUGCAACUUUCCUCUCAAUGUUAUCGGUUUCUCUUCCCGGCUUAUUGGUUCCAGUCUUCCGGUGAUCCUUUGUCGAUUGGCUCAUUUAGAUGUCUAGCUCUUGUUGUGUGUUGUUAGUUUGGUUUGGAUCCGUCCCACCGGGUUCAUCUUUUGACGUCUCAAGCGUACCUCACUUCGGUUCUCAAAGUAGGCAACUGACGAGGUGUUUGGAGUCUUCUUGUGUCAGAGGGGUCUCUCUCUCCUUGGUGAAUCAGUUGGCGCUGCAGCUCAUCCCAGUACCAUGAAGCUCUCAUGGUAGUGUUGCUUUGAUAUCGCUAUUUGCAGGUCUUGGAGCUUCUCUGGUUGCGAUAAGUUGCGGCUGUCCCGUGCCCGCCUUUUGUUCUCGUUCUUAGCCAUGAAGCCUUCAUUGGUCUUCUUGUUUAGGAGCGGCUGAGGCGUUGCUGAAGAUUGUACAGGUGUUGGGGAGCGAUUUUCAAAAGGUUGCGUUCUUAACCCUUCUUCUAUAGCAUUUGUGUGUUUAAAUGGCGGUGAAGAUUAUGAGUUUCGAGGCGUUCAUCGAGGGCUAGCUACUCCAGAGACGACUUGAGGAUUUCCGGCAUCCGAGGAAACGAGGAGAACCUCCCACGGCAUCGUCGAAGGUUGAGAACGGCUUUAGAUUCCUUAGGAUUUUAAAAUCGGGUUAGCGGAACGUGUCCGCUUUAGUGGGUGAGCGAAGCUAGCUUGUAAUAAAUUGACUAGGGAAAUUUUGUUCAAAUCAGGCUUGUAAUCGGAUCUGAAUUCCGUUAAACCGGGUUGAUUUUAAUAUAUAUAAUU